AUGGCGAGGUUGGGGGGGUUCAUCUUCUCUCCCUAAGGGAAGGCCUGCGCGGUGUUUCCUGCCCUUUCUCCCUCGACGUCACUUCCAAGAGCGCGCGCGUCUGCCUUGCGUUCGAGAGCGUUGCGAGGCUCUUCCUCCGUGAAGCUUUCGGGCCGAGAGGAUCGAUCCAGAGCCAGGCGCUUCGAGUGGUUCUUCUACUUCGCAGACAUGGUGAGUGGACUCGGGGCGAGGCGGGCGGAGCAGGCGGGGACCCCGCUUUACGUCUGCGCUGGGGGUCGCUGAGGACGCCGAGCUGGCUUUAGUGGCGGCGGGGGAAGGGGGAGAGGGGGCGGCCCGUGGAAAUGUCACGCGUGGGGAACGAGGAAGAGGCUUCCCCGGCAUGGCCUGCCCCUUUCCUGUGAAAGGGGGGGGCUACCACGUGCGAAGCAAGGAAGCCUCGGCGUCACUCACAAGGCGGCUGCUUCUUUUAAUAUUCAAGUUGAUGCGCUUUUUUAAGCAGCACUGAUUUAUUGGAGAAACUUCGCCGUCACUCGCGCCGUUUAGAAGCGCCUUUGUAGGCAUGUUAGGGAGGCCAGGGCUUCAUCUUGGCACCCACGUGCUCCUACUGCCUCGCUUCUCCGGUUGACUUACGCUCUUUUUAUUUCGCCCCUCCCCACCAACCAUCCCAUGAUCAUGCACGUAAGGAUCAACCCCACCAUAGGAGCCCCGUGUGAGGUUAGGCCAGUGGUUUUCAACCAGUGUGCUGUGGCACCCUGGGGUGCCUUGAAUUAUGAUCAGGGAUGCCGUGGACAACACUGGCCCCUGGCCCUCUUCUGAUGCCCUCUUGUGUCUCUGCCUCCCAAAGGCCUGCACAGCUGGCUACGAGCUCUGCAGGCAAAUGGUGCCUCUGGGAGGCACCUCUCUUUGGGGUGGGGGUGCAGCUCAAAGACUAGAGGCGGUGGCAGCAGCUGCCCAGGGGACUCCUAAGGAGAAGAGGGUAAGGGAACACUCCACAAGAGAGGGUGUUCAAAAAAGGGUGAGAGGCUGCCAGCUCUGCAGGCAAGGGGUGACAUAAUUGGGCUCCUGAGCCCCACAGGGAUGCCGCAGGAAGAUGUAGUUGGGUAAGGGACUCAAAGGUUGAAAACCUCUGGGUUAGGCAGAUUGCAUGUGGCUAACCCAAGGAUUUUCAGCUAGUUUCAUGGCUGAAUAACUACUUAGACUCUGCCUGGGUUCUGUGGCCAGUAUGUAUUUUGCCUUUUUUCCUCAUUGGUUUGAGAGAAGCUGGAAAAACGGAAUACCUGAACAGUGGAAAGUCAACCAGAUGUGGCCCUUCUCAUAUUGACCUAGCCGUUGUAGGAACUCGCAGACUUACAGAACUAUCUUAAGUUACACAGAAAGAGGUAGCUGUGACAGCAAAUGCUUGGAAGAAGAGAAAUUGCUAACUAUACCUUGAUUCUUUGUUUCCUUCUAUAGACUGAGGCAGAAGUGAAUCCUAAAGCUUAUCCACUAGCUGAUGCUCAGCUCACCAAGACACUGCUUGAUCUUGUACAGCAGUCCUGUAAUUACAAACAGCUACGCAAAGGAGCCAAUGAAGGUGAGAUUGGGUUGAGCUUGUACCAUUAAUUGCCCAUUCUUGUAGAGUAUUAGGUUUGCAUUGUCUCUUGUGGAAAAAGUAGUUCAUACUUUGCCUAAAUAUGCCCCCAAACACCUCUGCCUAUUCUGUGGUUGUCAUCCUGGUCUUGGGGAUUAGAUUAACUUGCUACUAUCAGUCCAGACACCCUGACUUUUCUUACUCACUAUUCCAGUUCUGCAAAUUUGGGGCAGUAGCAGGAAGGUUAUCACAAAUAAGCAUUCUUAGUUGGGGAGAUUAAUUUGUUCAUGGCCAAAAAUUCCAGUGGGCAAAGGGAAGUUUUAGGAUCCACCCAAAAGUUCUUUGAAUCCCUAGCUUGUCUUUGACAAGUAACGGAAACUUAAUUUUUUGUAGAAGCCAAGCAAUUAUCCAAUAGAUAGGUACAUAAAACCUUUUACAUUGGAUUUGCCCUCUUAAUGUUGCAACUAGCUGCUUGUUUGAUUUUACUGAGUGAGUCCUGACAGAGUGAGGAAAUGGAGUUUUCAUUGUACCAAUUUCUUUUCCACAGCUACUAAAACUUUGAACAGAGGCAUUGCUGAAUUCAUUGUGAUGGCUGCAGAUGCGGAGCCCCUUGAGAUCAUCCUUCACCUCCCACUGCUUUGUGAGGACAAGAAUGUGCCCUACGUGUUUGUGCGCUCCAAGCAGGCCCUGGGGCGGGCAUGUGGUGUUUCUCGGCCUGUCAUUGCCUGUUCAAUUACUAUCAAAGAAGGCUCACAGCUAAAGCCACAGAUUCAGUCUGUCCAACAAGCUAUCGAGAGACUAUUGGUCUAAAUCUUAUCAGACCACUCACUUACUAAACUAAAAUAACUCUGUGAAAGAUGAGUCUUGUCACUUGUACAAUGUUUACUACUGUUUUUGUUUUCUACCAGAUCUCCCUUCUGCCUGCCUCCAUUACACUUGCCAUUUAGAUGUUUAACAAGAGGAUGUCCAGUCUUUUGUUUUAAAUUCUUCAUUCUGAUGCAACUCUCCCCAGUGGAAUUUUAGUUAGGCUAUCCUUUUCGGCAAUAAACAAACUUCAGUUGCAGAAGAUUAGGCUGAAGAUUUGUAAAUACAAAACAUAUGACCUUGUUCUGGUCAGUAUGAUGUUCACCCAUUGAGGGUGUCCAUCUUUCAAAUACUAGUCCUAAUACAACUUGAUAGAACACUGUUAGAAAUAAAGGGCAGAUGAAAUAAUAUUGUCAAAGGCAGUGGCUUUAACUUUUUAUAUAUAUUAAAAACACAAUUAUGUUUGUA